AUGAAUAGAUUAUUUGGAACCAAAAGCACAGUACCCAAGCCAUCAUUAAACGAUGCAAUAAAAGGAAUUGAUGAUAGAGUUGGAUCACUAGAUGUAAAAUUAAGUAAAAUAAACUCAGAAUUAUCUACAUAUCAACAAAAGAUAAGUAGAAUGAGAGAUGGUCCCGGUAAAUCAGCAUUAAAACAAAAAGCUUUAAAGUUAUUAAGACAGAGGAAGCAAAUAGAAGGACAAAAAGAUCAAUUAGAAAAUCAAUCAUGGAACAUGUCACAAGCGUCAAUGACAACAGAUAAUUUACAAAAUACAAUGGUAACAAUAAAUGCAAUGAAAACAGCCAACAAGGAACUCAAGAAAACAUAUGGUAAAAUAAACAUAGACGAAUUAGAAAAUUUACAAGAUGAAAUGCUAGAUAUUAUAGAUAAAUCGAAUGAAUUACAAGAAGCUUUAAGUACAAGUUAUGAUGUACCUGAUGAAAUUAGUGAAUCUGAAUUAGAUGCUGAAUUAGAAGCCUUGGGAGAGGAAAUUGAUUUUGAAAACGAAAUGGCAGAAAGUGGGAUUGGUGCUCCAAGCUAUUUAAAUGAUGCUGAAACUACUACAACUGACAAAUUACCAAAUUUUAUAGAUGAAGAACCAGAAAAGGCGAAAGAAGUAGCAAAUUGA